AUGGCCAAGAGGGUGGCCAUCAUUGGAGCUGGCGUUAGUGGCUUGGCCGCCAUUCGGUGCUGUCUGGAGGAGGGGCUGGAGCCCACCUGCUUUGAGAGGAGCGAUGACAUGGGAGGGCUGUGGAAGUUCUCGGAGCACGCAGAGGAAGGCAGAGCCAGCAUUUACCGGUCCGUAUUCACCAACUCUUCCAAAGAAAUGAUGUGCUUCCCAGACUUCCCGUACCCCGACGACUACCCCAACUACAUGCACCACAGCAAGCUCCAGGAGUACCUCCGGGCCUUCGCUCACACCAAGAGCCUCCUAGAACACAUACGGUUUGAGACUCUGGUUACCAGUGUCAAGAAAUGUCCUGGCUUCCUAGUCACUGGCCAAUGGACAGUGGUUACUGAGAAGGACGGGAAGCAGGAAUCCACUGUUUUUGACGCUGUGAUGAUUUGCUCAGGACAUCACGUGUACCCCAAUCUGCCAACGGAUUCUUUUCCUGGCCUAGAGCAAUUACAAGGCAACUACCUCCACAGCCGUGAUUACAAGGGCCCAGAAGCCUUCAGGGGGAAGAGGGUCCUUGUGAUCGGCCUGGGGAACUCGGGAUCCGACAUUGCUGUUGAGCUCAGUCGUCUGGCUGCACAGGUCAUCAUCAGCACCAGAAGUGGUUCCUGGGUCAUGAGCCGGGUUUGGGAUGACGGCUACCCUUGGGACAUGGUGUAUGUUACCCGCUUUGCCUCCUUUCUCCGGAAUAUCCUUCCAUCAUUUGUCUCUGACUGGUUAUAUGUCAAGAAGAUGAACACGUGGUUUAAGCAUGAGAACUAUGGCCUGGUGCCUUUAAAUCGUCCCCUGAGGAAAGAGCCUGUGUUCAAUGAUGAGCUCCCAUCCCGCAUCCUGUGUGGCACCGUGUCCAUAAAGCCUGGGGUGAAGAAGUUCACAGAGACCUCAGCCGUGUUUGAGGAUGGGACGGUGUUUGAGGCCAUCGACUCCGUCAUCUUCGCCACAGGCUAUGGUUAUGCCUACCCCUUCCUUGAUGACUCCAUCAUCAAAAACAGGAACAACGAGGUCACCUUGUACAAAGGCAUCUUCCCCCCUCAGUUUGAGAAGUCGACCUUGGCUGUGAUUGGCCUUGUCCAGUCCCUGGGGGCUGCCAUCCCCACAGCUGACCUGCAGGCCCGCUGGGCUGCGAAAGUGUUUGCAAACUCAUGUACCCUACCAACCACAAAUGAAAUGAUGGAUGACAUCGAUGAAAAAAUGGGGAAGAAACUAAAGUGGUUUGGCCAGAGCCACACCUUGCAGACAGAUUAUAUCACAUACAUGGAUGAGCUGGGCUCCUUCAUAGGGGCCAAGCCUAACAUACCGUGGCUCUUCCUGACCGAUCCCCGGCUGGCCCUGGAGGUCUUCUUUGGCCCCUGCAGUCCCUACCAGUUUCGACUGAUGGGACCAGGGAAGUGGGAGGGGGCCAGAAAUGCCAUCCUGACCCAGUGGAACCGGACACUGAGGCCAACCAGGACAAGAGCCGUCGGCGAAGCUCAGCAGCCCCAUCACUUCUACAAUUUGCUUAAAAUGCUUUCAUUCCCGCUGCUCCUUCUGGCGGUUUGGCUCACAUUUUAUUCAUGA